AUGGUUAAAAUGACAUCAUUAAACAACAGGAUAAAGGAGUAUCUGUCUGUGAAGGACCUACAAAAAGUUUUGGAUUCAUGUAAGCUACAGCUGAAUCAGAUAGAUGAGGUUUGGCCCAACGUAUACAUUGGAAAUGUGGCAAUAGCCCAAAACACGACUGCCUUGCGGAGAUUAGGGAUCACUCAUGUUUUAAAUGCUGCUCAUUCCAAGCGAGGCAGCAUAGGAAACCAAAGGUUUUAUGGCAACGAGUUUGUGUAUUGUGGUAUUCCAGCAGAUGACUCCACUCACUUUGAUCUGAAUGUUUACUUCAAACCUGCUGCAGACUUCAUUCACAAAGGUUUAAAAACACCAGAUGGGAAGGUGCUGGUGCACUGCAUCAUGGGAAGGAGCCGCUCCUCAAGCUUGGUGUUGGCAUACCUCAUGCUCUACCACCACAUCCCCCUCCGUCAUGCCCUCCAGGAAGUGGUGCAGAAGAGGGCCGUUUACCCCAACAGGAACUUCCUGGCACUGCUGCUGGAUCUGGAUCUUCAGAUGAGAGGGAAAAAGAAAACGUGUGUGAUUAUUUAGAGGUGAAGAAACUGCCACACCUUGAUCUGAGUGAUGGAUUACCUCGUUGUCGUUUGUCAGGCAGAAAAUCCCGAGGCAUGUCCAGAGUUUGAAUCAAGGCUUUGGGAAGAGAUGGAGAAGAUAGAAGAUACAACUUCAUCCUUGGAAAAAUGUGAUGUUCAACCUUAUAAUUGUCAGACUGUUUCACAGAUAACUGUAUGUUGAUGUCGAAGUACUGUACACACAGUGUGUCAAUAUACAUGGACCAAAAAUCCUUUCAAAAGGGACACUUAAAUGUUUCUUAUUCUUAAAGAUCACAUUUCCCUGGUCAAGAAUCUAUGCAAUUAACCACAAGGUCGAUAUGUUCACUGAAAAGAGAAUAGAU